AUGCAGGUGAAGCAGCCAUCUUGGACUUGCUGCUGUUGGCUUGGAAUCUACCUGUGGCUUCUAGCUGGAGAAGGAGGAUGUGUCCAUGCAAAACUCUGCAGAAUUCCCCCAUGUGGCAGGAGUACCAAUGGUGGGCUUCAGCCCAGCAGACAUCAGUGCCAUGGUUCUCACUGCUUCAGCAGGUCAAAUCGCUCAUCUCAUGCCUUCAUUCAACCUACCAUAACUGGGCGAGAGCAGACAUCCAGCAAGCAACAGCCACAACAAUCUUCCAUGGAGAGCAGUGUGGGGCUGUUAGCCCUGACCAGCAGGGGUGCAGAGGAGAUGUGCUCUGGAGGAAGGGACUGUACCAGCAGAGCUCCCAAUGGUACCAUGCAGGACUGCAGAGGCAUUGAGUGUAGGCUACCCUUGCGCAUUCGCCAGAAGCCCAGGCCUGCUAGCCAAGCCACUCUGUGCCCCCCAAAUCAAGGGGAAGGCUGCCUUGAGCCUGCCCUGGUCCGAGAAACUGAGAAGGCAGCACAGUUCAUUGGGGAAGAGCUUGCCUACAUGGCUUCAGAACUUGGUGGUGCUGCUUUGGGUGUUCAGCUCACCUGUGAUGUUAAACCAGGAGAUAAUGAAGUCCCAUCUGAGGAUGCACUUGUGCUCCAACUACAGCUUACCAAAGGCCAAGAAAAGUUCGUUGAAAUAUUAAAAAGUCAGCAGGCAGUCAUUGUGGAUUUACAGCAAAAACUUGCAGAGCAGCAGAAUGCAUUGGUCACCCAGCAGCAGGAAAUUAUUGUGCAACAAAGAAAAAUGUAUGAACAAAUGGAUCUGAUCAAGGUUCAGUACGGUAUGCUUUUUGACACAGUGAAGCAAAUGUCAUUUAAGAGUUUGCAAGAGGACAUCCAGCAUUACUUUGAAGCUAAUCUUCAAGGCCUGCAGAAGAAAGUCAGAAAUCAUCUCCAGAAGUCAUAUUCUGUGCAUAAAGUAAAUGUGGAUGCGAAAGUGAUUGAUAUCGGAGAACCUUUAAUGGAAUGUGGCCUUUGUGAAAGUGAUGAAUUUUGCAAUUUCCAGAAGACACCAUCACAAUGUGAAAAAUGCACCUUGUGCCCUGCUGGCUUUUUUCAGCUAUCAGAAUGUUCUGCAAAUGCCGAUCGAAUAUGCCAGGAUAGAGAUGAAUGUAUUGAAUCACCAAGUAUCUGUGGGGAAAGGAUAAAAUGUCUGAACACACCAGGAGGAUUCCGCUGUCUUGGAAUUGCAGAAAAAGAGGCUGCUCUGGGACUGUGUGGAGAGGAAUAUUUCUUUAAUAAAGAGCUGCAGGAGUGCCAGGCCUGUCUAAUGUGUGAUGAUGGAGCAACAGUUUUACCUUGUUCCCUUGUUAGUGACACAGUUUGUUCAACAGCCAGUGAAACCAUUCUGUCUGAGACAUGGGCUGCAGACAUUGUUUUACCCUUGGCAAAGUCUGGCUCAUCUCAGGUCUACCCUGGGUUUAACCUGAAGUUAAAGGAAAAACAAGGAUGCGGUAUCGGAACUGUUGAAGAGGACAGCUUGGUGUUCAAAGAACAUGGCUUAAUGUGGGCUGAUUUCAACUUUGCUGUGAAACAUAACUGCAGAAAUUUCCUCCAUCUUUCCUUAAAAUUCAAGGACCGUGAGGAAGGCUAUGAACUAAGCGGAGUUCGUAUCGAACAACCAGAAGGCAAACUUUUUCAGAGUGCCAGUGUGAGUAGUGCUGCAGAGGUAGAGCCAAGCCAAACUCUUUCAGUAUUUUUGAAGAGCCCUAAUCAGUUCUGCAACCAAAGUAAAGAUUUAGACAUAUAUGAUCUCCAAACACCUCUCAGCUUGUUUUGGUUGUCUCACGAUACAGGAGCAGUAGCCAUGACUGCACAAACUACCACUGCAAUGCACUACCAAACAAAUUAUCAGCCUACCUUUAAAUUUGUUUCUCUUUCGGACUCUUAUAUGCUAACUUUAUCUCAUGAUGGCAGAGCCAUCAAGUUUACUGAAACAGGGGCUGUGAAGUUUGUUUUCCACCAAGCCCUAUAUUCCAUGGGUCAUACCUGCAUUCGUGAAGGAUUCACCAUGAUUGCUUAUCUGAACAAAAAUGGAACCAAUGCAGAACUGAUGACUGUUUAUAAAUCUGGUGUCAAUUACAGAGAUACUUCAAUCUCUCUUUCUGGGGCCACCAAAGUCAGUGCUGGGGAUCUAAUUAGCUUUGAGAUCCUUUCUCCUGCACAAUGCAGUGUUCGUUAUUUUGGAGACAGUUCUGGCAUUAGUACACUCAGCCUCAUCUGGGUCCCAUCCACUAUUUCCACUGCUCUUUCAGCCGCAGUCUCUGUAAUGAGACUGCCUACAGGAGCUGUCAGAAACAAAGUCUUGGAUUUUACUCAAGUCUCCACCAACGAGAAACAAGUCUAUCUAAUAUCUACUGGACAACUUGCCCAGAAAUACUUUGUAUUUACAGAAAGAGGAAUUGCUAGUAUUGUGUUUACUUUAAAAUUAAUUCAUUCAUGUAAUAUGCUUCGGGUAACUUUAAAUCAGUGUAUUGGUGAUCAUGCACCACUUAAUGUAAUUGCUCAACAAAUUGGAGGCCAAGUACCUGAAGGUAGCAUCUGGACCAGUGUUAGCCUUCGUUCCUCUUUCAAGGUUCACAAUGGGACCAUGGUAUCUAUAUCUCUAGACUGUGUGCGUGGCAGAAUCAACCACAUUGCUCAUGAACAUGGAACCAGCUUAUCUGUCUUAUGGAUAUCUUCAUAGCUAUGCUAGGAGGACUUUAAAAAAAAACUUUAAAAGUUGGAAGAAGUAAAUGGCUUGCAUCCAUUAGAUAAAACCCAAUUUGGUGCCUUUCAGAUGUGUUGGACUACAAUUCCUAUCAUCUCCCAACUAUGAGACUUAGAAUUUUCAGCCUAGUGUAUGUGAGGGGCCUGAGACUGAGAAAACUACACUAAGCGCAUAUUGGGCUUCUCCCCCCUUUACUGAGUUGCAUUUAAUGUAUAUCCUUAAGUCCUAUUGCAUGAAGCAAAUUAUCCAGUCAACAUUUCUUACCAGUGAUUUUGACAGCAAAUGAUAAUUCUGAGUAGACCAAGGGUGCCGUCUUUACUGCCUUUCUGCUGGAUGUUCUGGGAAUCCCAUGAGCUCUUGGGCCAGGAGAGUAUUGGAAAGGCCUUAUGCCAUCAUUAACUCCUUCCUGAUUGGCCAAGGUAAGGGACAGGGAGAAGAAAAAGCAGGGAUGUUCGGUGCUGCAUGGACAGACCCACACAAUUUUCACACUGCCUGCCUGCACCUCUGGCCACCCUGUCAGCAGCCUCCAUCCAACCCCGCUUCUCCUGACAUGGGCUCAAGGCGAGGGAGCACUGAAAAACCUGCCCUGUCUAUCCCCCACAAGUGAACCAUGCGCAGAAAAACACCUUCACACUCCUUUUAAGGAAAAUAAAUACGGAAGGAAAGCAAUAGUGAAGGAGACACCCUGUCCCUACCACAAUAAACCUCACAGGGGCAUAAGGUGGGGGAGAAGGGAUGGCAAAAACACAUGAUUAAGUUGGAGCAAGUCCAUUGCACCAAGGCCAUGCAGUGUACCAGCAGCCCCGAGAAAGAGGGCAGCAGAUACCUCUCCUGUGUUCCCAAAAGGUAUCUCCCAGGCAGGAGUGCGUAGCAAUUGCCGCCCAGAGUCACUUUGUGUGAGAUGGGUGGCUAUAUAAA